UUGCCUUAUGAUUCAAGCUUAUAAAAAACCAUCUACCCUUGAAGCUCAAAAGGUUCGGUAAGUGAUGUAGUGGCAGGGUUUGAGAUUCCAAAGAAGCAAAAAUGGGAGCAGUGAGUGAUGGAAGCCGCAGCAGAAAGAAGUCAUCAUCAAGAGGGCACCACAGGUUUGUGGGGGUUCGACAAAGGCCAUCAGGGAGAUGGGUGGCUGAGAUCAAAGAUUCUCUUCAAAAGGUUAGGCUUUGGCUUGGAACAUUCGACACUGCUGAGGAUGCAGCUAGGGCUUAUGACAAUGCUGCUAGGGCUUUGAGAGGUGCCAAUGCUAGAACCAACUUUGAGUUGCCCUCAUCAGCAUCUUCUGGUGGUGCUACUAAGCGUGGUGGUGGUGGUUCCAACUUCAUGCCUGAUCGCACUGAACCCUUUUCUUUUGAGGAUGUGAAUGAGCCAGAUGCAGAAGCUGAAGGCCUUCUUGGUGCACUUAAGGCCAAGCUUCUUGAUGGAAAGAAAGACAAGUUUCACUUUCCAUUUCUUGCUAAUUGUGCUUCCCCGGUUGCUCAAUCUGGCAUGGUUUCAAGAUCAUCUCCGAUCAACUGUUCUGGGAAGAAAGAGUUGUUACCACCAUGCAAUAACAACCCUGUGCAUGGUUUGAUGAGUAGUACUACUCUGACUUCAAACACUUGUGCUAGGAGUGUGGUUAUCCCAAAUCAUGAUCAUGAAGGUGCUGUAGCAAGCAGUGAUAGAGUCAACUCUCAUCAACUUUGUCAAACCCCACCUAUGGCAAGCAUGGCAUGGCCCAAUGAAGUGGCAUGUGAAUUGCCUUUGCCCUCACAUAUGAGCCAAGUUCCUGAUAAUAGCCUUCUUGCGUCUGCCACCUUGACAUGGCCACUUUCUGAGGUAAUUGAGUCCACUACUGUUGAUAUGACAUGCACAGAUCAGGGACCAUCAAGUAGCAACAGAAGUGGCCAAUUGAAUAUGGUGACCAUGCAGUUGCCUUCAGUUGGUGGUGCUGCAACUGAGAGUCUUUGGACAUUGGAUCAGCAACAACAAUUUGUGCAAUGUGAGAACAACAGUUGGUUUAGUUUUAAUGGAUCUUGGGAUCCUCUCCUUUAUGUGCCCUCAGAGCUAGUUUGAUUAAGUGUUAAUAUUGUGUGUGAGUGUGAAACAAGUUUUGAUUUGUCAAUUCUUAGUCUUGAUCUACUAAUCAUUCUUUUAAUAACUUGCUACCAUAGAAGACCCUUUUUUGUGUGCUCAAUGAUUUGCCGAUUUUCUUCUGUGGGGGGAAGUAGAAUGUUGUGUUUGUUCCUGACCAUUUUGAUGUG